AUGGCACCAAUCGAAUUUUCCUUAAUCGCUGGUAAUCCCUUUUACCUGGCUACAUUAGGGUUAUCCUUGAUUGGUUGGAUCAUUACAUUUGCUGGUUCUGCCGCAGCUGGUAAAACAGGAGUUAACUGGUUCUAUAUAAUUUUCGAAUUAUUUCUCAUUUUGGGUAUUGCUGCUGCCAUUGCAACAGACUCUAUCAAAUAUUAUCGCUUUUCCAUUUUAACAUUUCUGGGCGCUAGUCUCGUCUUCAUAGUUGCUUUGGUCAACGAGAAAAUUAAUUCUGACAAUCCUGAAGAUCAAGCAGUCGCGGCGGGUGCAAUUUUCCUUUCUCUUGUGACGUUUGUGUGGAUAUUGAGUUUUGGAUCCGAGGAUGGGUCCAUUAUAGUAAACAGCAUAAAUUCAUUGGCAAUUAACAAAGUUGACAGAAAUACAACACAUGCAGCUCAUAGUUUUUCACAAUCUGGUCCAAUAAGUCCAGGGAUUGCAAUGGUACCAACUUCCAUACAGGAACCACACAUAAAUAAUACUGUUGUUGUUACUCCAAAUGCUGAUUAUGCUUACAAGGCAAAGGCUUUAUAUGACUACCAAGCAAAUCCAGACGAUCAAAAUGAGCUUUCAUUUGGCAAGGGAGAAAUUCUUGAUAUUGCUGACAAUAAGGGUAAAUGGUGGCAAGCAAAAAAAGCCGAUGGUUCAAUCGGUAUAGCUCCUAGUAAUUAUUUGCAAAUCAUUUAA